AUGCUAUCUUUUCUCUUCUUUCUUACCCUCCAGGUAAUUCUACUUGGCGCUUGGGUCGCUGGUUAUCUAGACCCAUAUCAGAAACAGCUCCAAGAGCUCUUGUUGGACUACAUGGGUGAGACAAAGGUGUCUUAUGGAUUGAAAAAGAGCCUCACAGGCAAGAAACUCACCGAGGACCAGAACCUAAGCAAGAUUCAAGAUCAACUCGGGAACCAACUGGGCGGCAUAUUUGGGAAAGGAGGUCUGGGAGAAGGGGUUGGUUCUGUGUUGAGUAAAGGUCUUUGA